GAAGCUGAACCUCACCCUGCCCCCGACCUGCUCCGCCUCAGUCCAGAACCUGAACCUCACCCUGACCCCGACCUGCUCCGCCUCAGUCCAGAACCUGAACCUCACCCUGACCCCGACUUGCUCCGUCUCAGUCCAGAACCUGAACCUGAAACUCACCCUGACCCCGACCUGCUCCGCCUAAGUCCAGAACCUGAACCUAAAACUCACCCUAACCCCCCAGUCCCAAAAUCCAGCCAAGAACUUUCUCCCAGUGCUGAGGCUCCUGGCCUGCCCCCCGCACCCAGCCCCCCACCAGCCUCCAGUCCUGGGGAGGAACCUCGAGCCAUCACUUCCCCAUCACAGUCUCAAAACCACAGCCCCACCCUUAGCCCCGCCUCAUGUCCCAGACCAGCCCUGGAUCCCGAUGAGGAGGACCGGCCCAGCCCCAGCCCUGCUCCCAUGGAAGUGGACUGCAGCCCCAGCCCUGUUCCUAUGGAGACAGAAGGGGGCGGGGCUAGUCCCAUGGAGCAGAGCCCCGCCCUGAGUCCGUGUUCGAGUCCUCUGGUCUCCCCAUGCCUACAACUGGAGGAGGAGGACUCGCUGUCCCCUCUUUUCAAGAGGUGUCUGUCAGAGGACUCGGGUGGCUCGCCCACCCCCAGCCUGGGACACACCGAAAAACGGUUGAAGCAGUGUGCCUUCUGUUACCUCGGCAACGAGCCUCCUCUUGGUCAGGGUCGCCUGGUGGUCUUCGGCCCGACGCCAGGAUACAUCCCGCUCCACGUCCUCAACAACCGCGCCUCGCCCGACCGAGACAACGACUGCCACGACCACUGCUACCGCGGCGACCAGGUCCUGCCCACGAGCUGCAGUCCAGAACAGAGCGCAGGCGACGAGUCUUCAGAGUUCUUGGAGCAGCUCGGUCCCAUUGGCCUCCCACAUGACAUCAACGUCCAAUCCCUGUUCGACCCCACAGGUCAGUGCUGUGCUCACCUGCAGUGUGCCGCCUGGUCCGAGGGGGUGUGUCGUGGCGAGGGCCAAUCGCUGCUGUACGUGGACAAAGCCAUCGACUCAGGAAGCACACAGGUGUGUGCAUUCUGUUGUCGGCUCGGAGCAUCGCUGCGUUGCCGGGAGACGGGCUGUGGGAGGAGCUACCACUUCCCCUGUGCUGCUGUUGCUGGAGCUCACCAAGACUGGAGCCAGAGACACACACAGUGUUCCCGACACACACACACAGGGUCCUCUCAGUGUGUGUUGUGUUUGGACGGCGGUGAUGUUGGGGAUCUGUUGAUGUGUUGUUGCUGUGGAAACUGUUACCAUGGCAGUUGCCUGGACCCCCCUCUCACCCCCUCCCUCCUGUGCCGGGCAGGAUGGCAGUGUCCUCAGUGUCGAGUGUGUCAGAGUUGCAGGCUGCGAGGGGAUGACGUUGUGUUGCUGGUGUGUGAACGCUGUGAUAAAGCGUACCACACACACUGCCUCACACCACCUCUGGAUCACACACCGAGCGCCGGCUGGAGCUGCAGGAACUGCAGAAUCUGCCGCCACUGUGGUGUGAGGUCUUUAGGCCAGUGGGCAAAUCACCCGUUCCUGUGCGAGUCAUGUGACCCGGCCCUGCCCUGCCCUCUCUGUGACCACGCCCCUGACCUCUACACACCACAGGACUAUCUGACUUGUAUCAGCUGCUAUAGGUGUGUCCACACGGCGUGCAUUGUCCAGGCGGGGGAGGUCAGGGCGGGGUCAGAAGAUUACUUCUGCUCCACCUGCAGGCCUCAGGAGGAGGAACUAAUCGCACACACUCCAACCCCACACAGUCCUGCCCUGGCUGUGCAAAGCCCCACACAAGCACCAACAAUAAGCAUUUCACAGCCAUCAAGUCCAAGUCACACAGAGGCUCCACCCAUCACAUGUACUGCUCACAGCCCGGUCCGACUCACCUGUUCAGGGUCCCCACAGAGUCCCACCAAGACCUUCUGUGAACAAAUGCAACAAAGCCCUACCCCAUCCCAUCCUGAUCCCAAAGAGGUGCACCAAAGUCCUGCUUCAACCCAAGCUGAUCAAACAGCACCCUCACCGACUCCUGCAGGAUCCUUUCCUGAUCAAACAGAGCUUCCAGAGAGUUCAGCACCAUCUCACCCUGAUCCCACAGAACUCCAUGAAAGUCCUGCAUCAUAUCAACCUGAUCAUACAGAGCUCCAACACAGUCCUCCACCAUCUCAGCCUGAUCCCACAGACCUCAAAGAGGGACAUGGCCCACCUCCCACAGAGUCCUCGGAAGUCCCAUCAUAUACUCAUUCUCAUCGAAAAGAGCUGCACCUAUGUCCAUCCUCACUUUGUCCUGAUCCAAAAAAACUUGAAACAUGCCCCUCACCAGCUCCCCUGCAGACUGACCAGCUCCAACAAAGUUCUGCCCAAUCUCAAUUAGAUCCUGCAGAGCUCCAACAAAGUUCUGCCCAGUCUCACCCAGAUCCUGCAGAGCUCCAACAAAGUUCUGCCCAGUCUCACCCAGAUCCUGCAGAGCUCCAACAAAGUCCUGCCCAGUCUCACCCAGAUGCUGCAGAGCUCCAACAAAGUCCUGAGGAAUCUCAUCCAGAUCCUAUGGAGCUCCAACAAAGUUCUGCCCAGUCUCAAUCAGAUCCUGCAGAGCUCCAACAAAGUCCUGCCCAGUCUCACCCAGAUGCUGCAGAGCUCCAACAAAAUCCUGAGGAAUCUCAUCCAGAUCCUAUGGAGCUCCAACAAAGUUCUGCCCAAUCUCAAUCAGAUCCCUCAGAGCUCCAACAAAGUCCUGCCCAGUCUAACCCAGAUCCUGCAGAGCUCCAACAAAGUCCUGCCCAGUCUCACCCAGAUCCUGCAGAGCUCCUUAAAAGUCCUGCCCAGUCUCACCCAGAUCCUGCAGAGCUCCAACAAAGUCCUGCCCAGUCUCACCCAGAUCCUGCAGAGCUCCAACAAAGUCCUGCCCAGUCUCACCCAGAUCCUGCAGAGCUCCAACAAAGUCCUGUCCAGUCUCGCCCAGAUCCUGCAGAGCUCCAACAAAGUCCUGCCCAGUCUCACCCAGAUCCUGCAGAGCUCCAACAAAGUCCUGCUCAGUCUCACCCAGAUCCUGCAGAGCUCCAAAAAAGUCCUGCCCAAUCUCACCCAGAUCCUGCAGAGCUCCAACAAAGUCCUGCUCAGUCUCACCCAGAUCCUGCAGAGUUCCAACAAAGUUCUGCCCAAUCUCACCCAAAUCCUGCAGAGCUCCAACAAAGUCCUGAUGAAUCUCAUCCAGAUCCUAUGGAGCUCCAACAAAGUCCUGCCCAAUCUCACCCAGAUCCUGCAGAGCUCCAACAAAGUCCUGCUCAGUCUCACCCAGAUCCUGCAGAGUUCCAACAAAGUUCUGCCCAAUCUCACCCAGAUCCUGCAGAGCUCCAACAAAGUCCUGAUGAAUCUCAUCCAGAUCCUAUGGAGCUCCAACAAAGUCCUGCCCAAUCUCACCCAGAUCCUGCAGAGCUCCAACAAAGUCCUGCCCAGUCUCACCCAGAUCCUGCAGAGUUCCAACAAAGUUCUGCCCAAUCUCACCCAGAUCCUGCAGAGCUCCAACAAAGUCCUGCCCAGUCUAACCCAGAUCCUGCAGAGCUCCAACAAAGUCCUGCCCAGUCUCAUCCAGAUCCUAUGGAGCUCCAACAAAGUCCUGCCAAUUCGGAACUGUAUCCUGCAGAGCUCCAACAAAAUCCUGCCCAGUCUGACCUGGAUCCUGCAGAGCGCCAACAAAGUCCUGCCAAUUCGGACCUGGAUCCUUUAGAGCUCCAACAAAGUCCUGCCCAGUCUGACCUGGAUCCUGCAGAGCGCCAACUAAGUCCUGCCCAAUCUCACCUGGAUCCUUCAAAGCUGCAGGAAACUCCUGGCCAAUCUGACCUUCAUGGUUCAGAUUUCCAUCAAAGUCCUUGCCAGUCUCACCCCGAUCCUGCAGAGCUCCAACCAAUUUCUGCCCAGUCUCACCCGGAUCCUUCAGAGAUUCAGGAAAGUCCUGAGACAUCUCUAUCUAAUUCAACAGAACCCCCACAAAGUCCUGUCUAUUCUAAACCUGACCCAACAGGGCUUAAGGAAAAUUCUGGGAUGCCUAAUUAUGACCCAACAGAUCUACCAGAAAGUCCUGCGCCAUCUCAUCCUGACUCCACAGGGCUUCAGGAAACCUCUGGGCUCCUUAACCCUGAUACUGAGGUACAACAGGAAAGCCACAUCUCACCUCACCUGAGUCUAGCAGAGCUUCCGCAAAGCCCCACACAGUCCGACUCUAGUUCAGCAGAACUACCAAAAAGUCCUUUGCCUUGCCCUCCUAGUCCUUCUGAACUGCAACAAAGCUCUCCUUAUGUGACUUCAGCACAGGAUCAGCAAAGUCCUGGCCACAUCAGUUGCACUUCCUCGAGCCCUUCCCACAAUUCCACACAGGAUCAGCUUACAGCCGCAGAGCCUGAGCUGAGUCCCACACUGGAUAGCCAUACACAUUCCCCGCACAGUCUGAACCAGGCAGGUCUUAGUCCUGUCCACGUUGAGAUGGUGCCUGCAGAGCCACAAAAGAUCUCACCAUCACAGAGUCCUGUGCAGGACAAUGCUCCACAGACCCAGCUAGACAGACCAUGUAGUUCUACUCACAUCAUCACCACAGAGCCUCAGCACAGCCCCCCACCAUCACUUACCAGUUCUACAACAGAUAGCCCCACACAAGCUGGCACAUCUCAGACACACAGUCCCACACAGGAUACUGAACCUACACUGGACCAGAAGAGCCCUGGAUUGAGCGACCCUGCUCAACUAAGUCCUGGGACUACGCAGGACCUUUCUACACUGGACCAGGACCUCUUACCAGUCGACUGUAGGUCUACCAAGGGAGCAAGAAGGCGUGCUUCAUUGAGUCCUGUUUCGGCACCAUGUAGCCCAUCACAGUCCCCACUCAGAACUGCAAGGUGUAGUCUGUCACAACCUGCAAGCCCAUCACAGGCCCACUCCUCACAGCCUGACAGGCCUUCACAUCUUAGCCUUCUUCCCUCUCGGCUUGCUACAGAGACAACAGUUGCAAAGGAAUGCAUCCCAACCAGUACCACAAAACUGCAGUAUUUGGAGCAUAGCACCUUGCAGCUGAGUCCAAACCCUGAAGGCAAAACACUGGAAAAUAGCCUUGCUCAUCUUAGCCCCACCUCCAUCCUGUCCACGGUGUCUCGUGAGAUCCACAGCACCGAUGGUAAACUCCAAAAUAUUCCUAGGCCUACUCAGUGUAUCAUCCACAGUCCAGAUAAUUCUACCCCCCUUUGUGUGCCAGUCACACCCACACCAGAAAGCCUUGUUCACAUUAGCACUUCAACAGAACACAGUAGCCUAACAUGCGUUCCUUCUGCUGAUGAGAUGGAGGGAAUAUCUCCCCGAGCUAGCCCCAUGCAUCAGAGUCCUUCUCGUGACAGAGCAUCACACUGCACAGAAGCUAAUGAAGGUAGCCCCAUACAUAUCCAAGAAAGCUCGGCUGAUGCUAGCCCCACCCAUGCCAGUAAGAUGCCUACAAGCCCUGCUAGCUCUUUUCAGGCCUGUUCUAGCCUCAUGCUUGUGGAGACUAGCCCUGUCCCGGUCAGCCCUGUAGCUGCAGAGACAAGCCCUUCAUUAAAAUCAGCUAGCCCCUCAACCACACUGGCGGGACCCACACACCCAUCUCAGGAGUCUGAGGAAGCUGUGGACAUUGGUAGUCCCUUUAUUCUGUCAGAAACUUGUUCUGGUCAUCCUCAAUCAACUCCAGACAUCCCAGUUCAAUUUAGCCCUACUCAUGUAAGCCCAGUCUACACAGAAGCUGAUAGUAGCCACAAUCUGAUAGGCUCUGUGGAUGUUCAAGAGAGUAGUACCACACAUCCUGGUCAGUCAUGUCCUUUAUUGGUCCAAAGUACCUGCAGUCCUCCACAGAUGUCUCCAGUACAGAAGAGCCCCUGUCCAAGUCCAACUUUCUUUAGUCCUCCACACUGUAGGUUGCCUGAUACUAGCCUGACUAGUAGCUAUGUUAGCCACAAUCUGAGCCAUAGUGGCCAGACAAAGUCCUGCUCUGCUAGCCUAACUGAUGUUGGUGUCAUUCAUAGUCCGCCUAGGUCUAGUCCUGCUGGUCAAGCUAGUCCUGUUCACAUAGAAAGCACCUCUAGUUGUGCUGACUCAGGCCAAGUCCAAAGAACCUCUCCCUCAUUAGUAAGCACCACGUACAGCAGCCCUGCACAUGGUCCUUUUGCCUAUGUUAGUCCACCUCAAAGUCCAUUUCAGGCCAGUGAAACGUAUCAUAGCCCCACAGGUAGCCCCCACUAUAGCCCAGCUCCUGACACUGGAACCAGUCCUGGCCUCCCUGUGGAACAGCACAGCCCUGCUUUAGCCAGUUCAGCUUUAGAUGAGAACAUUGUGGCCAGCUCUCAAAUCAAGAGCACUGUGAUCCCAGGUGUGGAUCAGCUGAACUGUGGUCUGGUUGAACCUUCAGACAGUAUUAGGCAGCAGAGCCCAACAUCUGCAUGUUCCCUUGGUGAUGACUCAUCUUCUGUUAGCCCUAACCAGGCUUAUCUGAGCCAGGUUGUCCUGUCCCCAGCUAGUCCCCCCCAAACUCCUGACAGGUCUGCAGUUGAAAAUCAAAUGAGCGCUGUCUCUGGAAUCCCCUUCAGUCAAGGACCAGGCACCCCCAUUAAUACUUCAUCCACUCAAGCUAGUCCUGCUCAUUCUGGUCUGGCUCAGGAUAACACUGCGAUGCUGAGCUCAAGUCCAACCAUUACAUCUGUUAGUCCCCCAAGCCUAGACCAUUCACAAUCUCCACAAUCUGGAGAUAUACAAGCUAAUGCUAGUCCUGACCCUGCAUGGCUGGAAGCAAGUCCUAGUCUAUGUCCUACUAGUCCUGUGCAACCUGAGGCUAGUUCCAGUCCUAGUCCUGUUAGCCAAUUGAGGUGUGAGGCAAGUCCAGGUCCUGUCAGCCCUGUGCAGUCUGAAAUCAGCCCUAGUCCUGGUCCUAUUGGCCCUGUGCUGUCUUGUCCUUCCAGUCCCCGGAGACACACACCAACAGAGAGGGAGUCUGCAGCCUCAGGGGACGUCAGCAUGUUGGAGGAGCAGGAGGAGCAGGAGGAGAUAGUGAGGACUGAGAAGGAGGUAGAGGAGGACAGAGAUGCCCCACAGCAGCCGCAGCAGGAGGAGGAGGAGAUGGAAGAGCCUCAUCAGGCGACAAAGAGGAGUCCAGAAGAGAAGGAGAGUCCUGAGAGGACAAAGGAGGAGGGAGAAGAGGAAGUCUGUGUUCCUGCAGAAGUCGAACAGGAACACCAUCAGUCUCCUCCUCACACUCCUGCUGCCUCUCCCUUUCAGCAGGCUCCGCCCACCACACAACAUCCCUCCCUACCCCCCUCACCUUCUCCUCCUGCCUCCCCCCUCACCUCACCACCAUCCCCUCCUCCUUCUCCAUAUAGAGCUGGCUCUCAGGAGGCCUCCCCAUCCUCAUCUCACAGGAAUGCCUUACUCCCCUCCUGUUCCCCCCACACCCCACCUCCUCUAAAGGACCCCCCACAGGAACAGGAUCCAAGAGAAGCUGAGACCAUGAAGGGUUUGGAGGGGAUGCAAGAGGACAAAACACUUUCCUGUCAUGGGGCAGUUGAUGGCAGCCAAUCGGAGAACCAGUCUGAACCUGUUGCUCUAGCAAUAGAACCCACCAAAGAUAAGCACCAAUCACAUGCUGAGCCUUUGGAGAGACAGCGAGAGGAGACUGAGGAGGGGGAGACCGAGGACUCUCUUAAAGUGACUGAACCAGCAGCAGCCACUCAUGAAAAGGUUGAAGAGCAGCAGCCAAUCAUAGAGCAGUAUAGUGCAGUGGAAGAGGAGCAGGGGGAGGAAGCAAGAAAAGAAGCUGAGAAUCAGGACCAAUCAGAUCUGGAUGAGGAGCCAAUGAGCCCUGUCCUGGAACUGGACCCUUCUUUAGAUAUGGAGGUGAUGAAGCUGAUGUCCUCCUCGUCUCCUCCCCCCUCCUUCCUUCACCUCUCCUCACCCAGCCCGCCUCCCUUCUCUCGCCGGGGGAAGGGUCGUACUCUCAGACCUCCUCCCUGCUCUUCCAGGCCUUCAGACGACCUCUCCAUCCGUCUGAGGCAAUCUCCCUUCUCAACAGAGGCCUCCCCCGAGACCUCCCCGGCUAGAACUCCCAUGACCCCUCCUCCCUUAUCCCCACCCUCACCUCAUCACCGAGCCUCCCCAUCUGCCAGAGAGUCUCCACCUCUGUCAAAGCUUCAGGCUCCGCCCACCACUGUGCUCCCCCUCACUCCUAAAAUUGGAAUGGGGAAACCGGCCAUCACCAAGAGGAAGUUCUCCCCGGGCCGAGCCAGGAUCAAACAGGGUUCGUGGUGGAGUAAUCGCAGGGCGGUGAGCCCCCCCUCGUCCUCCCAGGAUUCCACAGGGGAGGGAGGGUGGGACAGCCCUAAGCCCCUCCCACCGGACUCCCCCCUCUGGAGCAUGAGAGUGGGUCGCGGUUCAGGGUUUCCAGGCAGGAGGAGGUCCAGAGGAGGAAGCAUUGGAGGAGGAAGAGGAGGCAGAGGAAGGAGCCGGCUAAAGACUCAGGACAGUCUGCCCGUUUCACCUGGAUCUGUGUAUGUGGAGCCGUUCCAGCCGAAGGAGGAGGAGGAGAACUCCAUGCACAACACAGUGGUGAUGUUUUCCACCUCCGACCACUUCACCCUCAGACAGGACAUGUGUGUGGUGUGUGGUAGUUUUGGUCAGGGCGCUGAAGGCCGGCUGUUGGCCUGUUCUCAGUGUGGACAGUGUUACCAUCCCUACUGCGUCAACGUCAAGAUCACUCGAGUCAUCCUGACCAAAGGGUGGCGCUGUCUGGAAUGUACGGUGUGUGAGGCGUGUGGCGAGGCCAGCGACCCCGGGCGACUGUUGCUAUGUGACGACUGUGACAUCAGCUACCACACCUACUGCCUGGACCCGCCCCUUCACACUGUCCCUAAAGGAUCCUGGAAGUGCAAGUGGUGUGUGUGGUGUGUUCAGUGUGGCUCCACCUCCCCCGGGCUGCACUGUGAUUGGCAGAGUAACUACAGUCGUUGUGGACCGUGUUCCAGUCUGAGCCGCUGUCCCCUCUGUCAGAGACAAUACACCCAGGACGAGCUGAUCCUGCUGUGUCAGCAGUGUGACAGGUGGGUCCAUGCUCUGUGUCAGGGUCUGUCUACUGAAGAGGAGGUGGAGUUAGCGUCUGAUGAAGGCUUUGACUGCUCGCUGUGCCGAACACAUGGCCGCGUCUCAUACGGGAGGUCAGACAGUUUGGAGUCUCCCUACAUGGCUCAGAUCAUCUCGAGGAUCAGAGAACCGGACGCAAAGACGUACACUCAAGACGGAGUGUGUCUCACUGAGUCGGGCCUCUCUCACCUGCAGUCUCUGGUUGAACCGCUGACAUCAACGCGAAGGUAUCGCAGGUGUAAACCCAAACUGAAGCUGAGGAUCAUUAACCAGAACAGUGUGUCCGUCCUGCAGACCCCCCCUGACCCCGACCCCCCCACCGAGCAGGACCACAGCAGAGGUGACUUGGAGUGUGACCUGAAAUCUGACUCCAGCCCUGAGCGAGACCACGCCCCUGAUGAUGAUGUCACAAAGGAGCCUGAGGUUACCGACGGCAACAAGAAGAGGAAGAGGAAACCCUACAGGCCAGGUAUUGGAGGGUUCAUGGUCCGUCAGCGUGGAGGGAAAUUCGGUCCGGGCAGAAUCAAACUGUGCAGGAGAGAUUCAACAGAGAUGCUGCCAGGUCAGGACGAAGAUGUUUCCAUGGAGACAGCGCCACCUGCUGACCAGAAGAAGAGGUACAGAAAGAAGAAGACAAAGCUAGAGGAAACAUUCCCUUCUUACCUGCAGGAGGCAUUCUUUGGUCGGCAUCUUCUGGAUCAGAGCCGGCAGGUGGAGAAGAGGCCAGGGUCAGAUGUGCCAGGUGUCAACCAAUCAGGAGCCGCCACAGGUGCCAUGAGAGGCCCCGCCUCUGGAGUACAUGUCCCCUCCCCCUCAGGCCUCCUUCCUGGUGCCAUGGCAACCAACACCUUCAAGAAACAGGGGACACUGUCCAUGUCGGAGGAAGCUCUGAUGGAUCUGUCUGAUGUUCUCAACACUGAUCCACACAUACUGGCAACAGGACACACAGGUCAGUUCCAUGUGGAGCGCUCCCCCUCACCGUUUGCUGGUCUGGACAUCGGCUCCAUGGCUGACUCUUUAACAGGAAGUGGUGGGCGUUGCCAGAGGACGGUGCAAGAGGAGCCUCUGGACGCCAUCUUGAGCCCUGAGCUCGAUAAGAUGGUCUCUGACGGUGCCAUCCUCAGCAGACUCUACAAGAUCCCUGAGCUGGAGGGGAAGGACGUUGAGGAGGUGUUCACUGCUGUUCUCAGUCCAAACCGCAGCAACAGCCAAUCAGAGCAGAGCCAACACACACACACUGGGAGCAAGACUAACACACACCUCCCAGCUGCUUCGUUUCCUCGUCUUCCUCUGAUGAACGGCCUGAUGGGAGCCGCCCCUCACUUCACCAACACUCCCAUGAUGCACAGCGUGGCUCAGGGUCCAGCAGGUUUCAGGUUGCCCCCUCCGGAGAGCCAUGCCCCUGCUCAGCACUCAGGCCCCGCCCCCCGCCCGGCUUUGACCAAUCAGGCAUCAGCAGGCGAGGGGGAGCAGGAUGUGAUGUCGACGGCUCAGAGAGGAACGCUGAAGUGGGAGAAAGAAGAAAGUCUGGGAGAGAUGGCGACUGUAGCACCGGUCCUCUACUGCAAUACCAACUUCCCCCACCUGAAGGAGCAGUAUCCUGACUGGUCCAGCAGAGUGAAGCAGAUCACUAAGAUGUGGAGGAAAGCCAGCUCUCAGGACAGAGCGCCCUUCGUGCAAAAAGCUCGAGAUAACCGGGCUGCUCAGCGAAUCAACAAGGUGCAGCUUUCCAACGACCCGCUCAAACGCCAGCAGAACCUGCAGCAGCAGCCCCUGCAGCAGCAGCCCCUGCAGCAGAACCUGCAGCAGAACCUGCAGCAGAACCUGCAGCAGCAGCCACUACCUCCACCAUCUCUGCCUCUUCCUCUCCCGGGACCUUAUGACCCUGUUACCAUGGAGAUGGACGGGACAUUCAAGGACCCGCUGAGGCCCAGAGAGUCUGAACAGGAGCAGGAGUGGAAGCUGAGACAGGGGGAGGUUAAUGAGAGAUGGGGAGCCGGUAAGAAGAGGCAGCAAAGUCUCCCCCCCCUAAAAUCACCAUCUGAUAAAGAUUGUCCCUACCAGGCACCUGUAGCAGGAGGGGGCACAGAGGCUCUGCAAAUGCGUCAGAAGAGUAAGCAGCAGGCUAAGAUCGAGGCGACUCAGAAGUUGGAGCAGGUGAAGAACGAGCAGCUCCUGCAGCAGAGGCAGCAGCAGCUGUCCACGGGUCACCUCUCCCCGGACGCAGGAAGCCGCAGCCCCAUGACGCCGGGCCAGCAGCCAGUCGCCGGGGGCAACGCCUCGCCCCUCCAUCUCCACGCCUCCAGAGAGGGGCCGUCCAGACAGCACCUCUUCCAGAGUUCAGGACUGACCGACGACGUCUUCCUCAGACCACAGGCUCCUCCCCCCUCUGGCUUCUCCUCGCUCCCUCACUCCCCUCACUCCUCCUCCCCUCUACACCAGCCCCCCUCUUCCCCCCAGAUGUUCUCCCCUCCCUCCUCCCGCCCCUCCUCUCCAUGGGACCCCUACAGUAAGGUGGUAGGGACUCCUCGUCCCGCCUCCUCCCAGGCGGGUGUCCCUCCGGCCCCCCAGCUGCAACGCCACAAUUCCCUCAGCUCGCCGGCCCACGAUGCCUUUGGAUCUCCUGUACCCUCCCCCGACUCCAAAACUCCUGACAUCACCAGGACUCACGUACCUCUACCAGUGCUGCAGCAGAGCAGAGCAGGUAUGCUGACUCCUCCCUCGACCUCUGACCUUUCUGCCCGCCUUGUGGCCUUACGAACAGCAGAGACGUACCAGCGACCUCCUCACUCGGGCGCCGGCCUGCGAGCUGCGGUGCCGGAUUUUUACAGUCGGGCGGGUGAGCUGGUCCAGCAGGGCGGGUUGUUUAAAGCCCCCAUGCCCCCCCAGCACCAGUCAGAGGGUUUUGGUCCUUCAGGAGGAAGGAGGGACCCGUCCAGACCCACAGACCUGGGCUUUGCUCUAACCCACUCCCAAGACCCCUCCUACCCCCCCAGUCCGCUGUCAGGACUUGGCUCCCCCCACCGCAGCCCCUACACCCAGACUCCUGGUACCCCUAGACCUGACUAUGCCCAACAGACCCCUGACCCCUUUACCCAGCAGUCCCCUCUGAGCUCCCGUCCCUCGCCUGACCCGUAUGCCAACCCUCAGACUCCUGGUACGCCACGGCCACACUCUGACCCCGCCUACCUCGCCACACCGCCUUCACUCAGACUAGACCAGUACAACCAGCAGUCUUCCAACCGCCGGCCGUCCCCCUCCCACCCAAACCUCGACCCCUAUUCCUCAAAUCCAGGGACGCCGCGCCCUCCUGCCAACGAGCGCUUCCCUCGGUCACCUGGGAAUCAGCGGAGCUCUGACCCCUACGCCCAGCCCCCCGGUACACCACGCCCCUCACCCGACCCCUACGCCCAGCAACCCUCUACCCCGCGGCCCCAGAAGCCUCCUGAGCCCUUCAGCCAGGCCCCGGCAGAAACCUUCACUCCUUCAGGGUCAUCCCCGCUCGCUCCAGGACUGACAGGAGAUACGAUGACCUUCAACACAUUACAUCACCAGUUGCAGCAAUCUCCAGGACGACAGCAUCAACAUCAACAACAACAACAACAACAACAUCAACAACAACAACAACAACAACAACAGGACUCUUUUCCCAGAACACCCGGCGGCCAAACCCAGAAGCCAUCUGUGAUGUCAGAGGACUUCUCAGGAUUGGCUGGUCAGACUCCAGGUCACAACCCCUUUGAGCAGGGUCAUAUGACACCAGACAAGACAUCAGCCAAUGAAAUGCCAGGUCUGGCUGCAGAUGGACCAAUGAGCAUGCUGCCGCAGCUCGGAGAUUCAGAGGAGAAACUGAGACAGCGUCAGCGGCUGCGGCAGCUCAUCCUCAGACAGCAGCAGCAGAAGAGUGCACUACGACAGGAGAAAGGACUUCAGGAGGCCUCUGGUGCGUCUGCGCCUCCUGCUGCUCCUCCUGGCUCAGCCCCUGCUAAUGUAACUCAACACCUCUGGUCCCAGGAGGACUCCUCUGCUCCUCCAACAGACCUGUUUGGACGCCCUCCACCCCCGUACCCUGGCACAGUGAGGCCUGCUGGGGCAGGGGGGGCUCUGGGCCCCAGGUUCCCUGGAGGUUUCCCUGGGGAGCAGCAGAGGAGCUUCACCCCCACAGAGCCUCCUUUCCCCAGGCAGAGCCUCCCCAGACAGCAGGGAGUCAGAGGACCUGCCCUGAGGUUCAGCAUUCCUCCAGGAGCUCAAGCGGCUCUCCAGGACUCAUUCUUACGUCCUCCCCAAGGAGCAGUGCCUGGAUCUGGUCUGGGUGUGGUGGAAGGAGUCCCAGUCCAGAUGAGGAGGCCGAUGUCUGGGGACUUCACGGGUAUCCGACCCCUCACUGUUCCCAGUGCUCCCACUCACAUGAUGCAAGGUGUACCCCAGGCCUUCCUCCCUCGCUCCCUCCCCCUCCAGCAGCACAGCAUCAUGGGACAGCCCUACAUCGAGCUUCGACAUCGCGUCCCUGAAAACCGUCUGAGGCUGCCCUUUUCGGACCUUGAAGGCGCCCUCCUACACCCCAGAGACCCCCACGCCUCUGCAGUCAGACCCGCUCAGGGGGGCAGGAUGGGGGAGGGGCCGCUGGGCCAGCAGUCGGGGAUGGAGCAGCACUUGAACCACACAGCGACGUUGACACAGAGCGGCGAGACGGCAGGAGCCGAGGGGAUAGAGGAGCACCUGGAGGGGGAGGACUCGGCUGUGAAGGACCUGGAGGACGUGGAGGUGAAAGACCUGGUGGACCUGAACCUGAACCUGGACCCUGAAGACGGUAAAGAGGAUCUGGAUCUGGGUCCUAACGACCUCCACCUGGACGACUUCCUGCUGUCGGGCAAGUUCGAUCUGAUCGCCUACGCCGACCCCGAGCUCAAUCUGGAAGACAAGAAGGACAUGUUCAACGAGGAGUUGGACCUGGGCGAGUCGGUGGAGGAGAGGGAGGGCGCCAGGAAGACAGACAGCCACGCCCACCUGAUGAGUCAGGUCAAACAGGAAGUCAAAGACAGCGUCAAGACAGAAGGCAUAGAUGGCAGACCCACACCUCCUCCAGGAGAUCUAGGGGGCGUCGGCCAGCUCGGCUCCUCCCCCCUCGUCAUCAAGGAGAAGGGGGAACACUGUGGACCUGCUGCCCAGGAUCAGGCUCUUCUGUCGGGGACGGCUCCCCGGGGUCAGCCCCCGAUGGCUGGAGGUCAGCAGUCCCUCCUCCCUCAGAGACCAUUUGGACCCUCGGCUCUCUUCACCACGCCUCCUCAGGGCCCCCCUGCCAGUCCUCAUCCGCUGUCCCUCCAGCCCUCCCAGCCUCACCUCCUCCUGAACCCCCAGACCCAGCCCCCACACCCGGGAGACCCCUCCUCACAGGCCCAGAGCCAGGCCACCUUCCUUCAGAACCAGAACCAGGACCAGGACCGUCCUCUGCUCCUGGAGGAACAGCCGCUCCUCCUGCAGGACCUCCUGGACCAGGAGCGUCAGGAGCAGCAGCAGCAGAAACAGAUGCAGGCUCUGAUCAGACAGAGGCCUAACCCGGACUCUGUGCUGCCCACCAUGGACUUUGACUCCAUCUCUGACCCCAUCAUGAAGGCUAAGAUGGUCGCUCUGAAGGGAAUCAACAAGGUGAUGAGCCAGAGCAGCCUGGGACUGAACCCCAUAGUUAUCAACAGGUUCCAGCAGGCUCCGGGGGCCCCUCCAGCUCCUGUGGCCCCGGGUCCAGAGGGGACUCCUCAGACUCCACAGCUGGUGGGACAGGACGGGAAGUUGAACCCCCCAAUGACGAGACCAAACCCCCCCAGCUUCGGCCCAGGCUUUGUCAACGAGUCUCAGCGGCGGCAGUACGAGGAGUGGUUGGGGGAGACGCAGCAGCUCCUUCAGAUGCAGCAGCGCCUCCUGGAGGACCAGAUUGCCGCCCACCGCAAGACCAAGAAAGCUCUGUCGGCCAAACAGAGAACGGCCAAGAAGGCGGGCCGGGUGUUGGGCGAGGAGGACACCGCCCAGCUGAGAAACAUCACUGAACAGCAGGGGGCGGUGCAGAAACAGCUGGAGCAGAUCAGGAAGCAGCAGAAGGACCACACUGAGCUCAUUGAGGACUACAGGACCAAACAGCAGCACAGAGCCCUGACACAACCAGCCGGCCCCCCCGUCAUGCCUGCAGGAGGACCCCCCGUCCCCCAGCCCAUGGUGUCCAUACAGCCCCACCCAGGGGGCCCCACGUCCACACGGCUCCCAAACGUCCCCCCUGGUUGGACCCCGGGCAGCGGGGCCUCAGGAGUCAUGGCGCAGAGGAUGCCCCCCCAUCUACCCCGUCAGAUGCCCCCCAACCUGCCUAUCACCCCCCAGGCUCCCACACACACACCCACUCCUCCCAUGGUACCUGGACUCCGCGCUCCCACUGCGGGCUUCACUGCCGGCCCCCAGGGGCCCCCAGGAGCAGCAGGCGACGGAGCCUCUCGACAGGUGAAGUUUGAUGAUAACAACCCGUUCAGCGAGGGUUUCCAGGAGAGAGAGAGGAGGGAGAGGCUGAGGGAGCAGCAGGAGAGACAGAGAGUUCAACUCAUGCAGGAGGUGGAGCGUCACCGGGUCCUGCAGCACAGACUGGAGCUGGAGCAGCAGGGGCUCCUAGGGGCCUCAGUGGGUCUUGGAGGUGUGGCCCCGCCCCAGCCUGGAGCUGUGAGACAAACACCUGGAGCUGCAGGUUCAGCUGGGGCAGUGGGGGGGGACAGUCUGUCCCAGAUACCCUUCUUCAGCUCAGAGCUACCCCAGGACUUCCUCCAGUCCCCUCCUGCCUCCAGACCCCCCCCUCAGCACCAUCCAGCCCAGAGCUUCAUAGGAGGACCUGGGCCGAGGCUCUCGGGCCCCACCGGGCCCCCCGCCCUCGGACAGGUUCAACAGGCUGGUGUGACCCCCAACCAUCCUGGAACUCAGGCUCAUCGAUUCGGACACGACUCCUCCUCCUCAUCCCCUUCUACCCCCCUCCACCCCUCUUUCCCCUGCUCCUCCUCUGGAGGACCCUCCUCCCUCAUGCAGCUCUACUCUGACAUCAUCCCUGACGACAAACCAAAGAAGAAGAGGAACAGGAAGAGGGACGGAGAUGACACAGGAUCCAGGACACCGCUGUCAUCACACUCUGAUGACAUCACUGCCCCGCCCACUCCAGCUCUAUCAGACACUUCCUGCUCCACGCCGACCCGGGGCAGUAUGGACCCUUCAGACCUGUGCGCCUCUCUAAGCUCCUCCCUCUCCGGCCUGGCUCCAUCAUCAGAACUGGAGAGGCAGCUGUCGGUGAUCUCUGCCCAGCAGAGAUGCUCCAUCCUGGGCAUGGAGUCUCAGAGAGGCCCCCUGUCUGCAGGUCGUCUGGAGGUCAAGGAGGAGCAUGAGGAGAGAGGAGCGUGUGGAGGAGGUGUAGUGAAGAUGGAGGAGGGCGGGGCUGAUGGAUUCUCCUCCCCCUCUGGAGACGGAGGAAAGGAGCUGCUCAGACACCUGCUGAAGGACAAGGGCUCUCCCACCACCACGCAGCCCCCCUCCGGCCAAGCCCCGCCCACUGCCUGCCGUCAGCUGUCCAGUGAGAGCAUGCGGUCUGAGGAGGAGGACAGGCCUGGUUCCCAUGGCAACGUGGUGAUGACGGACGGUGCAGGUGUAGAUCUGCUGGACUCGUUCAGCAGGAAGAAGGUGCAGCGCUGUAAGAGACAAGCUCGGCCGGAGAAAGACAAAGCUCCUCCCAAAAACAAGAGGAGGAAGAAGGAGGAGGAGGAGAAGAUGCUCCACUCCUCCUCGACCACCUCCCCCUCCGACUCCCUGACCCACCUCACACAGCAGCUGACCGUGUUGCCCCUCAUGGAGCCGGUUCUGGCGGUGGAUUUGAGUCUGUUCCCCCCGUACGGCAGCUCCUCUCUGGGCUCGGACUCCAGACUGACGGGCUCCUUCGGUAACGGCUGUUUGGAAGGAGUCACCGACUACUACUCACAGCUCAUAUACAAGCAGAAUAACCUCAGUAACCCGCCGACACCGCCCGCCUCUCUGCCUCCCACGCCGCCGCCCGUCGCCAGACAGAAACUGGUGAACGGCUUUGCGACGACAGAGGAGCUGUCCCGGAAAGACAUAACGGAGCAGGAAGUGAAAGGUGUGAAGCAGAAGGGGGAGGGGCUUCUGGGUCUUAACCACGCCUCAAAAACUGUGGAUGUCCCCGCCUCCCUGCCGACCCCGCCCCACAACAACCAGGAAGAGCUAAGGGUCCAGGAUUCGUCAGAGCGCGACAGCCCGGAAGGCUUCGUCCCAUCGUCGUCUCCAGAGAGCGUGGCAGACAUGGAGAUCAGCAGGUACCCUGACCUCUCCUUCAUCAAACUGGAGCCGCCCUCGCCGUGCCCCUCGCCUACAUUACCCAUCAUCCCCUGUGCCUGGGGAAAAGUGAAACAGGAAGUGAAGGUGGAGCCUAACCAUCAGGGUCCUCCUUCCUGCUCCAACACAGACCUGGUUACCAUAGCGAUAACCCUUAACCCUUUUGCUGCUCAGAGUGUAGCAGGUGUGAUGGCAGCAGUGGCCGAGCUGCUGAGGGUCCCCGUCCCCGUGGACUACCAGCUGAAUCGACCCCCUGGCCCUGAACGCAGCUCUCUGGCUCUGCUGGCUGGAGUCCGAGUGCCUGUGGGUGCAGCUGGUGUCAGACAGCAGAGGCCUCCACCUGUAACAGGUGUCAGAAUGAACUACAUCCAACAUGGUGGCUCUGCUGCUGCCUCCAGGCCUCAGUGCUGCUGCCACUGCAAGGUGCUUCUGGGAAAUGGAGUCCGCAUUGUCAAGGAGCUCAAACAGGAGGGCCAGUCAGGACCAGGAUCCAGUGUGGUGUUCUGCAGUCCAAACUGCUCUGCCCUCUACAAACCUGACGUCCAGAGCAGAACACCUGGAAACAAGGUUGCGGCGCCCGUCAUGUUGCCUGGAUCUGAGAAGCCCCCUCCCAGCAAAGCGCAGCAUCAGUACACCAGCAACAUGUCCUCCAUCACUGUCCACUCCCUCCUCCAGACUCCUCCCACAUCCUCCUCCUCCCCCCCUCUCUCCUUCCCCCCUGCCUCUGCCAUCACCAUGGAGACCAGGCCCCGCAUAGACAGCCUCAAGGUGAAGGUGAAGUUAAAGCCCCGCCCCCGAGCAGUCACAGGUGGAGAGGACUCACUGUCGUCUCGGCACCUGAAGAGGAUGAAGAGCUGCCGCUGGAGACGCUGGAGCGUUAGCAUCACAUUCAGCAGGGGGCCAUGUAACCCGAAUGAGGCGGUUUCCAUGCCAACAGAGGAGGAAGUUGAUGUGCUGCUAACAAAGCUGGGGGUGUGUCUGCGUCCUGAUCCUUUACCCAAAGAUCAGCGGAGGUGUUGUUUCUGUAACCAGCAGGGAGACGGACUGACAGACGGCCCUGCCCGCCUCCUCAACCUGGACCUGGACCUGUGGGUGCACCUGAACUGCGCUCUGUGGUCCAGCGAGGUCUAUGAGACUCAGGCUGGCGCUCUGAUCAACGUGGAGCUCGCUCUGAGACGAGGUCUGACUCUGCGUUGUGCUUACUGCCAACGCACCGGAGCAACGAGCGGCUGCAACCGCCUCCGCUGCACCAACACCUACCACUUCACCUGCGCGCUGCUCGCCCACUGCACCUUCUUCAAGGAUAAGACGAUGUUGUGUCACCUCCAUAAGCCCCGGAUGGUUCCUCUUGGGGGGGACCGGUCCUCCAGCUGCUCUCCCUCCUCCACCCCUGGUCACACCCCUGACCUGGUGGCGGUGGCGGCCCCUGACCCGUACGACUCUGAGCUGCGGUGCUUUGCCGUAUUUCGCCGGGUGUUCGUGCAGCGGGACGAGGCGCGUCAGAUCGCCGCCGUGGUGCAGAGAGGCGAGCGGCAGCACACCUUCCGGGUGGGCAGCCUGCUGUUCCGUGUCAUCGGCAGGCUCCUCCCACAUCAGAUGAGCACCUUCCACAACAAGACCGCCAUCUUCCCCGUCGGUUACAACGCCAACCGCUUCUACUGGAGCAUGCGCCACAGUAACAGACGUUGUAAGUACAUGUGUUACAUCGAGGAGCAGGAUCGUGAGCCGCUCUUUAAAGUGAAGGUGGUGGAGAAAGGCUACGAUGACCUCAUACUGACCGGACCCUCCCCUAAAGCUGUGUGGGAUCAGGUUCUUGAACCGGUCUCUCAGCUCAGAUCUUCCAGUGGGACUCUGAAACUCUUCCCGAUUUACCUGAAAGGAGAAGAUCUGUUUGGUUUGACUACGUCUGCUGUGACCCGCAUCAUCGAGUCUCUGCCUGGCGUGGAGACCUGUGAGCGCUACACCUUCCGUUACGGCAGGAACCCUCUCAUGGAGUGGCCUCUGGCCUUCAACCCGACCGGCUCGGCCCGGUCUGAACCCAAAGCCGGUCAGACCAAGAGACCGAACCUGCUGACCAGCGUCGCUCCUCGCUGUCAGGGCUCGGUGGGCUCCAUCGUCGGCCUCGUCCCCGGCGUCAUCUCUCUCUCUCCGGGCGAGAACGUGGCCGGCGCCCAUCAGGGACGGCACUCCAAGUCAUCACAGUACCGCCGCAUGAAAGCCGACUGGAAGACCAACGUGUACCUGGCUCGUUCCCGCAUCCAGGGUCUGGGUCUGUACGCUGCCAGAGACAUUGAGAAGUGCACCAUGGUCAUCGAGUACAUCGGCACCAUCAUCAGGAGCGAGGUCGCCAACCGCAAGGAGAGGUUGUACGAGUCCCAGAACCGUGGUGUGUACAUGUUCCGGAUCGAUAACGACUUUGUGAUUGACGCCACCAUCACGGGAGGACCCGCCAGGUACAUCAACCACUCGUGUGCUCCCAACUGCAUCACUGAGGUGGUGACGGUUGAGAAGGAGAACAAGAUCAUCAUCAGCUCCUGCAGACGCAUCCAGAGAGGAGAAGAGCUGUCUUAUGACUACAAGUUCGACCUGGAGGACGAUCAACAUAAGAUCCCGUGUCACUGUGGAGCCGUCAACUGCAGCAAAUGGAUGAACUGAACACACACACACACGCACUCAGACAGGCAGCUCUCUCUUUCUCUCUCUCUUGAAGCUGGACGCUGCUCGCCCCUCCCUUUGUGGGCGGAGCUUGUCUUCAUAUCAGAGAUCAAUAGAAUAAUAAUGAAGCUGAUCGGUAAAGAUCAGAGAUAAUAAUGAUGACAGAUAAGAGCGCGGGGUUAUAUAAUACAGGGAUGGGUGAUUGACAGACGAGGGGGCGGGGCUAAUGACGAGGCUGGUCCUCGGUGUGUACAGAUGUAAAUGUGUGAACGCCACUGAAAUAACAGAAUGUCGUCGUCCUCAGAGGAGCUUUAUUAACUUGCACUAAAAAAAACAGAAAACAAUAAAAACGAGACAAACGCCCACAGACAUACUUGAUUCCUCCUCCUCCUUCUCCCCCCCCCCCCGCUCCUCCUCCUGCGUUUGUUCAUUUCCUGUAAGAUAAGAGAUUUUUUCUUUUUGUAUUUAUUACUGAAUGAAGCUAUUUUCUAAAUCCACGGUGCGUUCGAGGUCCGGAGUGGCAGCGUGUAAAUAUGUGUAUCAUAAAUUGAAAAACAGAAAGUUUAGAGAUCACUCCACCGAGAGCUACCUUAACAUCCUCACCUUCAUCACCUUCUGUUUCCUGUCCCGACGCCCGAGGAGCUGCGUUCUGAUUGGACGAGACUGUGAAUGGACUGAGCAUGCUCGGAGCGUGGGGCGGGUUUCACUGCGGCCUUCAUGAGUUCAGUGUCUUUUUUUGUUUUCGGCUGCAAUUUUUUUAUUUGAAUAUAAGUUUUUCACUGUCAGAGUCGUGCUGCCGUGUACAUAUGAGGUUUAACGAGGACUCUGACGUGUACAUAUGAGGUUUAACGAGGACUCUGACGUGUACAGGGAGACGACAUGAAGCCUUGUUUCUGUUUUUUUUUAAUUAAUGGACGUAAACUGUGUGAUGAUGAAGAUGAACAUGUUUUUUUUGUUUUGUUUUGGGGAAAAAUGUGGAAUCUGAUUUAGAAUCAUUUACAGAAAAUAAAAUAUUUUACAUCUUGAAGAAA